AUGCCAACCUUUGGUCCUGGGGCAGAAUUGGGAAUCAGUUACGAUGGAGCGCCAAUGGACAGACCUGUUGAGUCACUACCCCGCCAAGUUGAGCCAUGGUCACCAAGCUCUUGGACUACAAAGCCGAUCAAGCAAGAUGCAAUAUAUGAAGACCGCAAGAAUUUAGAGAAAUCAUUAUCCAAACUUCAACGCCUUCCUCCCAUUGUCACUCCCACAGAAAUCAUUCAGCUCAAAGCAAGUUUACGGGAUGUAGCUCUGGGUAAGGCCUUUCUUCUUCAAGGAGGUGAUUGUGCUGAGCUAUUCGACUAUUGUGAGGGGAACGCGAUUGAAUCAAAGAUCAAGCUUUUACUUCAGAUGAGUUUGGUUCUCGUUUGGGGGGCCAACAAGAAAGUUGUCAGAAUUGCUAGAAUGGCGGGGCAAUAUGCAAAGCCAAGAUCAAGCCCCACAGAGAUGGUAGAUGGCAAGGAGACCCCAUCAUUCAGGGGAGAUAUCUUGAAUGGCUACGAACUCGAAGAGAGAGACCUAGAUCCUCAGAGACUUGUUAGUGCAUAUUUCCACUCCGCAGCCACUCUCAACUACAUUCGCGCAUCUCUAUCAUCUGGUAUUGCCGACCUUCAUAGUCCAAUGAAUUGGGGCCUUGGUCAUGUUCGGGAUCCUGAGUUGCAAGAGAGAUACUCGAAAAUUGUAGACUCCAUCAGCGAGAGCCUACGUUUCAUGCGUACUAUUGGGGCAGAUACUGCUGAUCAACUCCGAGGAGUCGAACUCUAUACCAGUCACGAAGGUCUUCUUCUUGAGUACGAACAGAGCCUUACUCGACGACUCAAAGACCCUUCUCAAAACUUAAAGGCCAGUGCCAACUCCAAUCAAAAUGUUGAUCCUAGUGAGGAUGGAAAGGCAUACUUCAAUACAUCGGCACACUUCCUUUGGAUUGGUGAUCGAACAAGACAAGUGGAUGGAGCACAUAUUGAGUACUUCCGUGGCAUAGCUAAUCCUAUCGGUGUCAAAGUGGGUCCUACGACUUCAUGCUCGGAUAUUUUGGAGCUUCUUCGAAAGCUCAACCCAACUUUGGAGGUUGGCAAAAUAACACUCAUCACUCGUUAUGGUGCCUCGAAAGUUCGCACACUUCUUCCUAAACACAUUCGAACUGUCGAAGAUAGUGAAUAUGCCCGCAGUGUCGUUUGGCAAUGUGAUCCAAUGCACGGAAAUACAAGAUCUACUUCAACCGGCAUUAAGACGAGACAGUUCAGUGAUAUAUUUUCUGAGCUUCAGGAAACUCUAGCUGUUCAUCAAGAGGAAGGAAGCUAUCUUGGAGGUGUACAUCUUGAAUUAACUGGCGACGCUGUGACGGAAUGUACUGGUGGUAGUGAGGGGCUUGCCGAGGAAGAUUUGUCGCUGAACUACACCAGUUUCUGUGACCCAAGACUGAACGAAAACCAAGCACUUGAAAUGGCCUUCUUGAUCGCAGGUCAUUUCCGUGAGGAGACUACCAAGAAGUAG